AUGCCGCAGCUCAGCCGCAACUCGAUGCGCGCCAAGUUCUUCCGCUACGGCCCGCAGGUCGGCCGCGCCGUCGCAGCCAUCGUCAUCGUCGCCUGCGUGCUCUACCUAGCCAUCGUGUACCGCAAGCCGGCGCGCGCCCACCAGGUGGAGCCGACGACCGCCAGCCCGCCGUUCGCGCUGCCCCUGGUAGACGACAACGAACCGCGACUGCAGGACGUGGUCGAUGACGUCGGCGAAAAGGGAGAUGACGUCAUCGACGCGGGAAAUGACGUCAUCGGCGACGACAAGACGGCGGCGUCAAAGGAAGAGGAAGAGGAGAAGCCGAUUGUCCUUCCCGACGACGCCGUGCCGCCGUUUAAGGUCGACCGCAGCGGCGACUACUUUAAGGUGCCGGCCAACCGCAGAAAGACUCUGCACCGGCAGGCGAUGGCGGGCCAGUACGACGAGAUCGUGCUCGGCCACAUGGGGUCGCUGAACGAUCGCCGGCCGCCGCCGCCGCCGCCGCCAAUGUACGGCCCCGACGGGCGGCCGAUGGAGAUCCUGGCGAUGGGACCGGACAGCUACCACCCGCUACACACGGACGAGUAUGGCACCCUGCCCCGCGAUGGCUUCAUGGCGGGUCCCCGGCCGCGCGACAUGCCCCCGCCCCCGGGCCUCGCCCCACGCCACCACCACCCGCACGACGGUCACAUGCCCCACGGCGGCGAGCCGUUCCACCCGUCGUUCAUGCCGGGAGACAACAUGCCAGCACCCCCGCCCGGCGGUGACUUCUGGGGACCGCCACCUGGCGGCGAUUUCCGUGGCAUGGGAUACGGCGGGAUGGGACCAAACAGCGACGCGGGUUUCCCGCGCGGUGACAACCAGGUACAGCAGAGGGCGCCACUAAUGGACUUCCGCGGCGAAGGCGGUCCCCCGUUCAUCGACGGCCCCGGCCGACAGGGGGCGCCGUUCAUGCCCGGUCCCGGCCGGCGGGGGGCGCCGUUCAUGCCCGGUCCCGGCCGGCGGGGGGCGCCGUUCAUGCCCGGUCCUGGCCGUCGGGGGCCGCCGUUCAUGGACGCGCCCGGGCGACAACCGCCGCCGCCGCCGUUCCUCGACGCGCCCGGCCAGCAGGGGGCGUCCUUUAUCGACCCCUGGCGCAGUCGACCGACGGACAAUCGCGGCGAUGCGUCGCCGACGAAGAGAAUCACGACGCAGGUGCUGGAGAGGGGCUACCCGGUAAGAAACCGGGCUCCGGGCGAGCUGGUGUCGGACGACGGCUUCUACCCGACGACCGAGCUGCCGUUCGACCCGAUGCACAUGAUCCCGGGCGUCGACAUCAACGACAUCGUCAAGCUGCAGACGAUCAUGUACCGCAUACUGCCGGAGACGGAGCCCUACAUGCUGCCGUACCGCGCGCCGAGCGUCGACCGGCCCGUGUUCACGACGGGAUUCGACGACUCGCACUUCCACGAGGGGCAGGAGUACGUGCGCAUGUUCCAGGACGAGCUGCGACCCGACUACGAUCUCGUCAUCUACGAUCUCGGCUUGUCGACGGACAACAACAAGUGGGUGCAGGACAACUGUGGCUGCAAGCUGAGACCGUUUGAGUUCAACAAUUACCCGCCUCACGUCAGGGACUUGGAGAAUUUUGCCUUCAAGCUGAUGAUUCUACAGGAAAUGUUGCAUGAGUUUGGAUUCGUGUUCUGGACGGAUACGUCCUUCCGACUCGAAAGUGACUGGACGAAGGAACGACUGGAGCACAUCCUGACGGACACGCGCGACGGACUGGGAGUGAGCAUGUGGAGUAACAACCUUCCACAGUCCUGCUUCGUACACCCGGGAAUGUACGAGUUCCUAGAGGAAAGUCCCGACGACUUUGUCGACACGUCCGCUCUAGAAGGUGGCGCCAUCUUGAUUCACAACAACCGCUGGGUGCAGCAGAAUCUCUUCACUCCGUGGCUCAUGUGCGGUCUGCACUGGGAGUGCAUCGCACCCGAGGGCGCGUCACGAGACAGCUGUAUGCUCGACAACAUGGGCACGACUGACCACUGCUGCCACCAGUACGACCAGGCUGCCAUGAGCCUCAUCAUGGAAAGAGUUUUCCAUUUCAAUCCGGAAUACUACAGGCCACGAGACAGAGUGCACUUCUUUGACCGCGUGGAAGAAAGAGCUGGUUUCAACAAGAAGAAGUAGUAGAAGAAAAAAAAGACGCGGUUAGUUAUGUGUUUCUACGGAUUAUAUAGGAGUUUGGGAUAAAUGCGGACCCACGUUUGUCCGGCAUUGACGAUGUUAUUAGACUCAUUUCUACGUCAUUAUAUGUAUAGUACGUGUGUGUUCUCUCUCCUCCCCUUCUCUCUCUCUUUCUCUCUCCCCUCUUCUCUCUCUCUCUCUCUCUCUUCUC